GAAACAGUAACCCAUCUCUUCCCUCACCAGCGAUUACCGUUCAGACUCACUCAUCCCAACACCCUCCCGUCGGACACACCCACCAUAUCCCACCACCUCAUACGAUCACAUAAUUAUCGCACGCACCAAAAUGGCAGCGUCGUCUUCACUGCCCGAUCUGCCACCCAAUUACCUCAAGGCCCUCGAGCUGAUCGACGAGGCCCACAAGCAAGACCCCAGACCAUCGUCCGUUGAGUCGGUUCCUUUUGAGCUUCACUAUGCCCAGAAGAUGACGCGCUGGCUCGCCGUCAGGUCUCCGGCGGCACCUCCGGUCCUGCAACUGGCCUGCCGAGCCCAGCACUUCAGGAGAUGGGAAAUCCCCCGCAACACAUACCCAAUGACCCGUCCGGGCUACCUCACCUGGCGCGCGAAGCUCAAGUCCCAAGCCGCCGCCCAGGUGGCCGAGCUCCUCGCCUCAUCGCCCGACAUCCAGCCCGCCAUCCCCCAGGAGGACGUCGACCGUGUGGCGGCGCUUAUCCGCAAGGAGAACCUCAGCAAGGACGAGGAGACGCAGGUGCUUGAAGACGUGGCAUGCCUCGUCUUCCUCGACGAUCAUUUUGACGACUUUGAGAGUAAGGAGGAGGUUGACGAGGAUAAGAUUAUUGGCAUUCUGCGCAAGACGUGGGCCAAGAUGAGUGAGCAGGGGCACGCGCUGGCGUUGAAGAUGAACCACAGCGAGAGGGCGUUGAGUCUCAUUGGGAAGGCUUUGGCGGGGUGACGUUGCGCGAGCUUAAGCUUCAUAUGAGAGACUUGGGUUUGGAGGGGUAAUUCCACAUGAAAAGAAAUAAAAAUAAUUCUCCCACCA